AUGGCGUCCGUCUUUAGCAGUCUCGUCCCAAAAUACGAGCUGCUCUGCAAAAGAGAAAAGUGGAAGAAGCUUGGCGCGGUAGGCUUCAAUUUCCGCAGGGACGGCUUCUCGUGCGGCCUUGAACAACACCUUUCGGCUGAGCUUGAGAUCAAAAUUGACAUGAAGCCACGCGGAAUUGUGGUCAUCGUCUCCCGACGAGCACAAAGUACCCCGGGAGGCUCCACUCUUGAAGGCAUUAAAAAUGUCCAUUCAGUCAGUGAGGCAUUGUAUAGAGACAAAGAGGAGGAGAAACACGAAGAGAGUGAUGAAGAGGAAAGUAUUCAAAAUGAAAAACUAGACACCGAGUUGCUGGAAGCCUAUCUGGCUUACUGCAAGUCUAUCGGACACGAACCCAAUAUCAAGAUUAACGACGCGGAAGAUGAGGAUGACAGCGAAGCAGGUAAAGUGGCGGCGGCGUAUAUACCCGAACGGCCAGCUGUACCGGAGCACAAACACUUUUGGACGGAUUUUAUUGGGACCAGAUACAGCAAACGCCGAGGUUGCGUACAGUUCUGGGCGUGGCUCGGUAUCGGCGUGGGUGUCGUCAUGUGGCUGGGCUUCUCGCUUUCCUCGCUUCAUUUGAACGAGGUUCUACACUUGGAUGCAUUCACAGAACAGAACGUGCAGGUUACGCAAGACUACACGUAUCUUCACCUCCUAGAGGAGGUCGACUUCCAUCUCACAUACACCAUCGAGACACCGAGACCCAACGCCAAUGCGAAUCCCAAUUCUUCGUACUUUAACGCAUUACUUCUCGAUGAAGACGAGUACGAACACUACGUCAAUGGUGAACCCUUUGAGUACAUCCAAGAGGGGUCGACACUGCGGACAACGUAUGCUUACUUACCGCGUACGUAUAUUGAGAACAGGAUCGAGGAGAGUAUGUAUUUCGUCAUCCAACCAUGUUAUCUCGCACGGGACCCUACAAGCGACUAUUGCCAAACUUCGCAAUUGCCUUCAAGUGUGGAUUCCGAUGAGAAAAUUUUCGAUCUGGACAAGCAGGGCAAGCCUAGUGACAGGGCGGCGUGGGAACACUUUAACGUCACGUACAUCUCGGUAAAUCCCAUGCCGGUGGCGUGUAGCUCGUCGGGGAUUGUGGGUGGAGCAUAUUUGCUAUUAUUUCUCCCCUACGUCAUCAUCACACUCUUUGGGUUGCGAGUGUUCCAGAUGAUCACCCACUGUGAGAGUUUCCAAAAGAACAUUGAACGUAUUUACGCUCGUGAGCUCAAUGUCCCCGAGGACGAAGUGGACUACUGGCAGCCUAUGCCAUGGGAUCGCAAGGUUCCAAAAACGAGAUUGUGUGGUCCGUGUUGCUGGAAGAAGUUUCGUCGACCUUUUGAACCCUUUUACACGUGGUGGCGCCAUGAAAACUACUUCACGUGGGUGUUUUGCCCAUACCGCAACGAACAGCUUUCCCGCGGUGAACGGGCGUUAAUUGUGGUAUGUUCACUCUACAUCACGUUCUACGUGCUGUUCAUCAUCGUGAUGUUGCGCGAUUCGUGGGGUGCAGACAUCACGAUCUUCACGUCCGUCGUGCUGUAUGCCAUCAUGGUUUCUGUGUUGCCGGCAGCUGGCAAGGCAAUAUUUAAGGAGCUCUUCAAGCUCAUUUUCCGUCAACGACGCAAGUACUUCCGUGCCAAGGCUGCGGGUGGAGAUCUGAGUGGCUUUUCCUUCCGAUUGGCGUUUAUUUUGCAAAUAUUCGUGGUGGUUCUCCUCACGUUGGCACAGGGACCCAUUUUCUACAUUUGGGCCUAUCGCAGUUGCCUUUUUCUCAAGCAGUUCAUUUACUAUGGCGUAUUAGCUGCAAUUGCACGGAUGUCGCUCAUGGGUCUUAUGCAAGACCUCGCGUGGUACGCGAUCAUCAAGACGUGGGGCUGGAAGGAUCUGUGUCCAUAUUGUACCGAGCGCAUCAAGCACUGCGACUGCUUUAACGACGAAGUGCUGGUGCUUGCGGUGCAACAUGUCGGGCCCAAAUGGGAACUUAUUCGGGUUCUCGAUACUUUGCUCGCGAAACAAAAUAGUUACGAACCGCAAUUUGCAUUGUACACGUCGGAGCAACUGCGCGAACGCUGGGACGUUAUCGUCGACAGAGCGGAAAAACACAUGGACAAGGUUGAAAAGCUUCGAGCGUACCGCGAAAAGAAACGGCAAGAGGCGCUGCGACAUGACCCUAUUCGACGCAGCUUCACGAGUUUCAUAUCGUUCCAUGGCACAACGCAAGCAGUUCACCCUGACGCGGAAGAAAACGAAAAUGACAAAAAGCGUAGACACUCGGAUGCAACAAGUGAAGAAGAGGCCUACAAGGAUUCUUUUGACUCUGAAGACCAGUUGUGCAAUCUCCGGGAAAAGAAAAUCUUGGCACUAAAUAGCAAAAUUCAGCUGGACGAGUUCGAGAAACACUACGACUCGAGCAUUUCCGACGUCUUCCACGCUCUCGCGCGCUCUGUCACCAAGCGCCGUCACCACGACAAACACGAGCAUGGAGACGACUCAGAGCAUGAAGAAGAUACAGACAAACACAGUCCGAGAUCGACCUUUACAACGCGCCAGAGCAGCGACAGUAGUGACGGAGAGACCAUGUGGGUCUUCGACACUCCAGCGCAGCGUCUUGAACGUCGUGAAGAGGAGAAAUUGCAACGUAAACGCGCGUUCCGUGUGCUGAAAGACUACAACAUUGAGAGUGUUGGCGCGUCGUCAGAGCCAACCUCUGCACCUUCAGCAUUGUCUCCUUCAGGCCCACAACUAAGACGACAAGACACGAGACGCAUACCGCUGAUACCGUCAAGGAAUAAACCCGAGACGCCACGAGAAGAGGACUUUGUGAUCCUCAUGCCAGAUGAACACAGCAAGAGUGACAGGAACAAUAAGGAUAACCUGGAUACGGUGGCCAAUGCUCGAGUGGAGGGCGACAACGACGACCAGCAGGACAGCGACUACUUCCCGAGUGACUUGGAGCGUGGCCACUCACGCUCUGCUUCCUCGUCCCAGGCAGUUGGUGGUAACCGCGUCUAUGCAGUCACAGAGCGACGCAAGACGCUACUCCGGCGCGUGUCCACGUCGGCCGAGGCAUUUGCAGCGUGGGCAUUGGACUAUGAUCCAAAGGCCGCACAACAAUUGUAA